CCACGAUGGCCAGAUGGAAGAAAGCACACCCCACCGCACCCCCUCUCUGGCAUGUUUGUUAUGUGUUGUGUGAUGUCAUGUGAUGGAGUGACACGUGUGUGUGUGUGUGUGUGUGUGUGAAAGUGUGAGCAUUCACAGUCAGUGAGUGCAUGGAUCGACUGAUGGAUGGAUGGAUGGCUUGACCGAUAGAUGGGUAGUGGACGAUUCCUAGGCAUCUAUCUCUCUCUGUCUAGGCUGCCUGGCUGGCUGGCUGGCUGGCUGGCUGGCGGCUCCUCUCAUCGCCGUCGUCAUGCCAUGGAUGCGACCGACAGGACGUAUGUAUGUAUCUCCCUUCAUUCCUUUCUCUUCUCCCUAAACCGACAAAAACAACAGAACGGAACAGACCGACUCAAUAAUCAAAAGUAAGUAGCCAACCGACGGAGCGGCGACCGACAAAACCUGUCCGUCUACCACCCACCCAUCCAUCCAUUUCUCCAUCCAUCCAUCAUUCUUCCGUCCAUCGACACGCUCAGCUAACGCUGGCGACCGACCCAGGUCGGUCGACCGACAUGUACAGGAUACAUCUGCUAUGGGGUGCCGCCGCCAGCCCUCUCCCUCUCCCUCGCCGUUCCCGCCCCAUUAAUGUCCGCAACGCACGCCAUCGUUUCCUCGUCGCAGCGCCCCAGGAGGUGCUCGCCUUGCUGUUGCUGGCCACCCAUCCACUGCAAAACACAAGACUGCAGCCGGCCGGCAGCUAGCGUCACCGUCAUGGGCUUGUCCCAGCUUGCGGGUGGCGGGUCAGGCUCACUCACAGCCACCGCAGAGCGGGCGGACAGCUGCACGAGCAGCGCGUCUGCGGCACUGUUGUCAACAUGAUGGCCGCGGGGGUGAAAUAAUGGGUGGUGGUACAUCUCGCCCAGACAGGAGCCAUCGCUGGUGCAGCAGUGGAAGGUCAUCUCAUGACGCGAGCCGCUGAAGCAAGAGCACCGUGAAGCGUUGGUCUGCCGGUUAGUGCCGUCGAGCAGCCGGAUGCCGCCCCUCCGCUGCCUUGGUCGCUGCUGCUGUGAUCGUUGCUCUGCGAGUCGCUGCCGCCUGGCCGUGUCCUCACUCUCAUCCCUCACCGUAUCAAAGGGAUAGGUCGGCCGGCAGUAGUACCAAUUGUAGGAAAACGUCAACCUGACACACCGACGGCCGACCGACGGACACAUAAAUAAAUCGAUGGAGGUGCAGUGCGGGUGUCCGCUUUUUGCUGGGGUGCCCACCCACCUCUCAUCUAUGUCAACAAUCUCUUCGAAGCACUGAACAAGGUCCAGCCCACGUAUGCCACAGACACGACAAGAUGAAUAUGGCAUGACACGAUGUCGUUCUCUGUGUGCUUCCCCUCCCCCCGCACCUACUUGAUCGCCAGAUACAGUGAACUGGUUAGCCAGGUUGGCGUUGCAUGUCGACGCCGCAAGCAGCAGCACCAGAGGGCACCAUCCAGCUUGCGCAACUAUCACAAUGGCUGCAUCGCUGCGCCGCACCGUCAUCCGUCACCCUUUCAUCCGGCAGAGAAGGGAAUAGCACUCACAGCCUCUCACUACUCCUGGCUACCUAUUGCCAUCGGCAGCUGAAUGGGGAGGGGAGCCUCCAGCGAUCCGCGGG